CUACAGAAAGAAGUACCCUGCCGUAUCUCAAAAGAGAAAGUCUUGGGGUCCUACGACAAUCUCUCCUCAUUUGAGUUUUCUUGCUUUGUACUGAUCAAGACUCAGGUGAGCACUCACAGGUACAGCCCUCCUGCUUUCUCCCCUGGUUAUCAAAGUGAGAAAUUUGCAGUUAUGUUUUACAAUCAAGUAUUUGCAGUUUUCCAACAAGUUUGAAGGAGUUGAAGCCAUGUGAAUUACAACUUGCAAAUACUUCCCAAAAGAACACAGAAGUUAUUAUUAUAACAGCUUCACAGGAAAAGGUCAGAACUAGGCAUGGGAAAGAUCUAUCCUCCCGCUGGCUAGAGCUGCACUUGCUUAAUCUCUCUUGCUUGCUCUCCAUACCUGUUUUCAUACUGCUUACCGCUGGGCAAGCCUUGAUAAUCUGUAACCCUAAGCAAAUCCAAAUCAGAUUCAAAUGAUACAAACACAUAUUAGAGGUAGGCUUGAAGGAGUACUGGACGUCUGUACUACUUGAUGUUGAAACCUUUGGCAAGUCGUCAGCAUUUCAGAGAGCACUUUAAAUGUUUUGGUUUGAGAGCUAAUGCAGCAUUUCCCAUUGCUCAACAAGAGCAGUUCAGGCAGAAAGCAAAGUACAUUUCCCUCAACAUCAGUCAGAUGUUACACUCACUUGCUGAUCCAAUCUUGCCUACAGAGACCAUAGGAGACUGGAAAAAUCGGCAGGCACUACGCCACUGAGCUAAACCCCCAGCAAGAAACUUGGGAACAUUUUCUCUACAUCACUAAAAGCCUGGCCUACUUGGUGUGAACUAAAAUGAAUCCUUAAAGACAAAAUACUCUGGCCGCUCAGAGACAAUAAGCGCUCACUGGGAAAAACUACUUCACUGAAAAAAAAAACCUCACCGUAAGAAAAGACAGAAAAUUAAAAGGAAAAAGGAAUGAAGCUGGAAGCAUGAAAGGAGGAGGGCAGCAGAAGCACUGAACACAGGGCCAAAUUGACACGGAGUAAACGCGUCAAGAGCUCAGUGGCUUCACUACAUUCACCACCUUUCUCUUCAUUACUCAACAAAUGACGUGGAGAAGUGAGGCAACUUUGACAUAAGGGACCUCUGACUGACUAAUCCAUACCUCUUUCCAGGCCUUUGCCUUGAGGAGUUACAAGAUGCUCAACUCCACCACGCAGCCUCCAGACCCACCCUGUUCGCAGAACACCCUGAUCACUCAGCGGAUCAUCCCUGCGCUCUACUGCGUGGUCUUUAUCACCGGGCUCCUGCUCAAUGGAGUGUCAGGAUGGGUCUUCUUCUACGUGCCCAGCUCCAAGAGCUUCAUUGUCUAUCUCAAAAACAUUGUUGUUGCUGACUUUCUAAUGGGCCUGACUUUUCCUUUCAAGAUCCUUGGUGAUUCGGGCCUAGGCCCCUGGCAGCUGAAUGUGUUCGUAUGCAGGGUCUCUGCUGUGGUCUUCUACAUCAACAUGUACGUCAGCAUCGUGUUCUUCGGACUCAUCAGCUUUGACAGAUAUUACAAAAUUGUAAAGCCCCUUUCGACUUCUUUCAUCCAGUCAGUGAACUACAGCAAGCUGCUGUCGGUGGCAGUGUGGAUGCUCCUGCUCCUGCUCGCCAUCCCCAACAUCAUCCUGACCAACCAGAGCGUUAGGGAGGUUAGGAAAAUACAGUGCAUGCAACUUAAAAAUGAACUGGGGCGCAAGUGGCACAAAGCAUCAAAUUAUAUCUUCGUGGGCAUUUUCUGGGCUGUGUUUCUUUUACUAAUUAUUUUCUACACAGCAAUCACAAGGAAAAUCUUCAAGUCCCACCUUAAGUCCCAAAGGAAUUCUAUUUCAGUCAAAAGGAAAUCUAGCCGCAAUAUAUUUAGCAUCAUGUUCGUAUUUUUCGUGUGUUUUGUACCGUACCACAUUGCCAGAAUACCCUACACAAAGAGUCAAACGGAAGCUCAUUACAGCUGCCAGUCAAAAGAACUCUUGCUCUAUGUGAAAGAAUUCACUCUGCUGCUAUCUGCUGCAAAUGUGUGCCUGGACCCUAUUAUAUAUUUCUUUCUAUGCCAACCAUUUAGAGAAAUUUUAUGUAAGAAACUGCGUAUCUCACAAAAAACUCAUGACUUGGACACUUCCAAAACCAGAAGAGGAAAUACAAUUCAUGAAAGCACAGAUACUCUGUGAAUUUCCACCCACUGCCAAGUAAAGUUCACGUAUGCACGCUGUCCGACACCUUCAACUGCAUGAGAACUGAAUGAACAAAUAAGAAACACACCCACGAUAGUAACAUAUCUACCAUGUCAUCCAAUACUAACAUGAAAUUAAUAUACUUAGCACAAUAAAACUCAAAUGCAGGUUCCCAUGCUUUUUUGUAGCAUCAAAUAAAAAAAUCCCAUUAGAUUUUUCUAA